AUGAAGUCUUGGUUCCUCGCCCCUGACUUCACCUUCACUCCCGACGGACCCCUUCAGCUUGGCGCUGUCAUCCCUCAUCCCAGUCGUCCGACCCAGACCCUUGCAUCACCCCGCACCGACGCAAUCACGCUUCCUGAAGUGCAGACUCUGGUCGAGACGAACCAUUCUCACUCAAACGAUGUCACGCGCACAGCGGGAGUAAACCUCUUUGCCAAGUUUGUAGAGCUUGCUUCUGCUUCUAUUGGCUAUGAGACCAGUCGGCGCAAUGCGCUGGCGUAUGGGACUGUAGAUCAUGAGGUUCGAUCUUUGGCGGCGCCGUUUACGAGGGAAUUUCUGCAGAGUAUUGUCGACACAGAGGCUGUUAGAGACCAUAUUGACUCUGGCAUGUUUGGAAAGAGGGCGGUCUACUUCAUAUCCGGACUUCGGGUUGCCACUUCGUCAUUUACGGUGACGAAAGACAAGGGCGUUGAGCAUAAUACCUCACUGUCAGGUUCAGGCCCAGCGGGACCCGUGCCUAUUGAAGUCGGUGCCGGGAUUUCAGGGGGAAAGGAGAGUUCCAAGACCGAUUCCUAUGAGACUGCACCAGGCAUUGUCUUCGCUUACCGUCUUCACGCCAUACGUGUUCGUGGUAGCGGCACCGUAAGCUCAGAGAUGUUCUCGAACAGGAAGACGUUCAUGCAUGGCAGACCCGUGCCCGACCCUGAGCCCUUUGAGGUUGCCGAUGUUGAUGCUGAAGUGUUGAAGGCUGAUAGGAAGGAGGAGGAGGAUGUACCGAACUAUGAGGUGGAAGACCUUGGAGAUGAGGAAUACUGUUUCUUGGCGGAGGCAUAG